AUGUCUCGGGUGGGGACCACGUAUCCGCAAAACGGGACCACCGAGCGCAAGAAGACGUUCAGUGAGAGGAAUAGUGAAAAGGUCAAGAAAUGCGAGGAGAAGCAGGAGCGCCUGCGCACCUGGGCCGGGAAAUCCCGAAAAUUCACCCCCAAAGAGCAGUCGGCCCUGCACAUCGACAGUAAGGAGGCUUUCAAGGAGUUCUGGGAGGUUUCGCUCGACGCAAAAGACAACUUCGACAUUGAGCAUGACGACAGGCCCGGGCGGCUUGGUCAGGGGGCGACCCACCUAGCCUCUUCGGCCUAUGACAUUCUGCAAAAUGUCAGCCCAAUGGUGUCCAUAGUCAAGGACUUCGGGGCGCCCUACGGCAGCAUGGCCAUCGGAACCAUCUGCUUCCUGUUUGCGGUAAUUACGCACCUCAACCGUCUCGAAAAGGUUGCCAAAAACCGGACCACGAUGGAGAAAAAGAUACUGGCGACGCUCGUAGACAUACAAGACCGCCUGCCGGGUGUCAGAAUGUACCAGCACAUCUACAACGACGACCACGAGCUUGACCAGCAGCUGCAAACCAAGAUCGUCGACGCCUACGACAGCUUCAUCGACUUUUCUAUUUCGGCAUCGGACUUUUACAGCUGUGGAACUCUUCGCCGGUGGAUUCGGGCGAUACAAGGCACUGCAGAGGUCGAUGCGCUAGCUGAACGGGUGCAAAAGACCGUCGUCGACGUGCGGCUGGUGUGCGAGGAGCUGCUGAGCAAGAACGUCAACGCGGUCAAGGAGAACCUGCGCGAGGUGAAGCAGCAGAACGUCGAGCUCAAGGGCGAGAUCGGCGGGCUCAAGAGCCAGAUCUCCGAUAUGCAGAACGACCACGAUAUCGAGGUCGUCCGCAAGCUGCUCGGACUCGAGGCCGUGUCGGACGCCGCCCAGCUCGCCCAGCUCGAGCGCCACCGCCGCAACGUCGCCGCUGAGUUCCAGGAGAGCAACUGGUACGCCGAGACGACCCCCGAGCACAGCCUGCAGGAAAUCGAGAAGGGAUCGGACUUCCAGGACUGGUCCCAACCGAAGCGUUCGGGCUUGCUCGUCCUAUCCGGCCGUAACGAGGUCGUCGAGGCCAGCCACUGCUGGGUCUCGCCUCUCGCGUUGAACCUGGCCGCCAAGCUGGCUUCCGAGAACGCGGACUCGGACCCGUGUGUGUUCUAUCUCCUCGGCCACCUCUCGACCGACGACACGACGGUCGACGUCCUCUCCUCCCUCAUCCUCCAACUCCUAAGCCUCAACAAGGAAGCGCUACGCGUCAACCGGGCGCGGUUCGCCGAACUGCGGGCCGAGCUCGAAGACUACGCGCACGCGGCGCAGUCUCCUCGCCCCCGGGCCAACGAUUUGAAGCACAAGCUGCAGAGCAUCGCGCUGCGGGCCGUGGGCCUGUUCGACAGCAACAAAACCGUCUGGAUCGUCCUCGACCGCGUCGACCAGUGCCGGGCCAUGCUGUCCGAGUCGACCCGCAACCCGCACAGGCGAGACGGCCGCAGCCUGCUGCAGGCCAUGGUGCACCUCGUCGAGAAGGCCGCCGUCACGGUAAAAGUGCUGGCUGUCGUCAACAGGGUCGACUGGCACGUCGAGGGCGACGAGCUGGGCGCUGAGCGCGAGGAGAGUGUGGUUGUGCGCGAGGUUAGCCAGAAUGAGGAUAACUAG